GAGGCUUUGGACGGCAGGUGCCGAGGCCGUCGGUAGAUGGCGGUAACCCAAGAAACCUGAUCCAGCGGCUUCUCGGGCUCCCUGUCUCAGUUUGCAGCACUCACACUGAAGGCAGAGGAGCUGAACACUUUUGAAGGACAUAAAAAAAAACACUCACAGGAGAGAGAGCGCGAAAGGGAGAGCGAGAGAGAGAGAGAGAGAGAGAGGGGAGCUCACGGCGGGUCCUCUCGAGUUUAGCGCGCGCAGCCCUCGCGAGCCCGGAGCCGGAACGCUUUUUUUCUGCCGCAAAGACGAAGAAGAAAAAAACGGGAAAAGAAGUCCAAACACCAUGGAAGACAAAUCGAAUUCGUUCUCCAGCAGCAAGGAGGAGAAGGCGGAUGGGAAUAAUGUUUUUCAGAGGCAAGACUCGAUACAGAAAAAUAACACGGGAAGCCAGAAGGACCAUGGCAACUCCGUGGGCUUCAAGGGGGAGCGGGAAGAGGCCAUGGUCGGCUUUGACGAUCUGGAGGGGGCGGCAAGGCAACACGGGUUUAUGCAGAGGCAAUUUGGGGCCAUGAUGCAGCCCGGUGUCAAUAAGUUCUCCUUGCGUAUGUUCGGCAGUCAGAAAGCGGUGGAGAAAGAGCAGGAGAGGGUGCAAACGGCCGGAUACUGGAUCAUUCAUCCAUAUAGCGAUUUUAGGUUCUACUGGGACUUGAUAAUGCUCAUCAUGAUGAUGGGGAAUCUAAUCAUCAUUCCUGUGGGAAUAACCUUCUUCUCAGAGCAGACUACCACCACCUGGCUGGUGUUCAAUGUGGCCUCAGACACCAUCUUCCUGGUGGAUCUGGUCAUGAACUUCAGGACGGGGAUCGUCAACGAGGAGAGCUCCGAGAUCAUCCUCGACCCCAAGGUCAUCAAGAUGAAUUACCUGAAGAGCUGGUUCGUCGUGGACUUCCUCUCCUCCAUUCCAGUGGAUUAUAUCUUUUUAAUAGUGGAGAAAGGCUUUGACUCGGAGGUAUAUAAAACAGCCCGUGCCCUGCGAAUCGUCCGCUUCACCAAGAUCCUCAGUCUUCUGCGUCUGUUGAGACUGUCCCGACUCAUCAGAUAUAUCCAUCAGUGGGAGGAGAUCUUCCAUAUGACUUAUGACCUGGCCAGUGCAGUGGUAAGAAUAUUUAAUCUAAUAGGGAUGAUGCUGCUUCUUUGUCACUGGGAUGGCUGUCUCCAGUAUCUGGUGCCGCUCCUCCAAGACUUUCCCCCUGACUGCUGGGUGUCGCUAAACGGUAUGGUUAACGUCUCCUGGGGUAAGCAGUACUCCUACGCCCUCUUCAAAGCCAUGAGCCACAUGCUGUGCAUCGGGUAUGGUGCCCGGGCGCCCGUCAGCAUGUCCGACCUGUGGAUCACCAUGCUGAGUAUGAUCGUAGGGGCUACAUGCUACGCCAUGUUUGUUGGACAUGCUACAGCACUCAUCCAGUCACUGGACUCUUCACGAAGGCAAUACCAAGAAAAGUACAAACAAGUGGAGCAAUACAUGUCCUUCCACAAGCUUCCAGCAGACAUGAGGCAGAAGAUCCACGACUACUACGAACAUCGCUACCAAGGCAAGAUCUUCGACGAGGACAACAUCCUGAGUGAACUGAACGACCCCCUCAAGGAGGAAAUCGUCAACUUCAAUUGCCGGAAGCUCGUGGCCACCAUGCCUUUGUUUGCCAAUGCAGACCCCAACUUUGUGACAGGGAUGCUGAGCAAGUUGAAGUUUGAAGUUUUUCAGCCAAAUGACUACAUCAUCAGAGAAGGAACAGUGGGGAAGAAGAUGUACUUUAUUCAACAUGGUGUUGCUAGUGUCAUCACAAAGUUCAACAAAGAGAUGAAGCUGACGGACGGAUCCUACUUUGGAGAGAUCUGUCUGCUCACCAAGGGCAGACGGACAGCAAGUGUGCGUGCAGACACCUACUGCCGACUCUUCUCCCUCUCUGUCGACCAUUUCAAUGAGGUGCUAGAAGAGUACCCCAUGAUGCGACGUGCUUUCGAAACAGUUGCCAUCGACAGAUUGGACCGUAUUGGGAAGAAGAACUCCUUGCUGCUGCAGAAGUUUCAGAAGGACCUGAACGCCGGCGUUUUCAACACGCAGGAGAACGAGAUAUUGAAGCAGAUUAUCCGUCAGGACAGGGAGAUGGUGAUGAUGGUGGACCGCAAGCAGUCGGUCACCGGGAUGAACUCAACUCCAAUGUCAGGAAACUCAAUCAUUAACUCACCAGCGCAGCCACCAUUCCCCACCGCCUUCGGCACUAGCCAGCUCCAGCAGUCCUCCGUGCCCAUGACCUACAGCGCUUCAGCUAUCGCCAAUGCAUCUGCUGCUCGCAUGUUGCCGGCCGCUGCGGCCGCCGCUGCUGCAGCACAAGGGGUCUACCCUGCACCCAGUCUAUCCCAUGGCAACCUGAAUUCUUCCUCCACCAAUCCACAGACCCCGCUCCAGCAGCAGGGGGCCAUCAUGUCCCCUUGCUCCUUCACCGCUGCCAUGUGCAGUCCGCCUGUGCAGACCCCUCUGGCUAACCGGAGCUUCCAGUACGGCUCACGCACAGCCUCCCAGCUCUCGCUUAUCCAGCAGCCUAUUGCUCAACCGUCUCUAUCCACGCAGCAGCAGCUCCCACAGCAACCUACCGUGUCAACUACAGCUGCAGGGUCGGCACCACAACAGCAGACACAGCCGCCGCCGCAGCAGCAGCAGCAGGCAUCGCCUCAGCAGCAGCAGCAGCAACAGCAGCAGCAGCAGGUGCCGUCACCUCAACGGGGAGAAAUCCACAAGAGCACACAGGCUCUUCAGUCAGGCAGCUUGAGCAGAGAUGUCAGACACUUAUCAGCCUCCCAACCAUCACUGCCACACGACACAUCUCUGGGGCCCCGAGCACACCCAGCCUCAGGAGACUCUCUGGCCUCCAUCGUGCCCCCAGCGGCCGCAGCGAUCCCAGGUAUGAGUCUGCAGAGCGGCAUCCGCACCACAGUCCCACAGCGGGUCAAUCUUUUCCGCCAGAUGUCGUCGGGAGCAUUGCCUCCGGUGCGCUCGGCCUCGGCCGCGGCAGCAGCGGCGGCGGCUGCAGCAGUGGCGGCAGCAUCAUCAACAUCGUCCUCAACCCAGCACAGGGAAUCCCCUGGGUCUAGGAGAGAUUCUGUCCUGAGCAGUACAGAGACUGAGCAAGACAAAAUGCGUUUUGCAUCUAAUUUAUGAUCCCAUUUUUUUUUUCCUUUAUUCAUUUUUUAAACCUAUAUAUCUUUCAAUUCAUUUUUAAAAAUGGAGAUACAAACAAAAGAGAUAAAAAUGAGGAACUUCAGCAUUUUUGUUUCUCUCCAAUCUUCUAAAAUAACCUCAUAGAAGUCCUGUACAUACAAGCCCUUGUAUUAUAUUUUAGACACAUUGUCUCCCUAAACUUAAGAAUGUAUAUUAUACAGAUACAUCUCUUUUUCUUUGCGCUAUAUACAAAAUAUAUAUGCACACAUAUAUUUAUAUAUAUGUGUGUGGAUAUAUAUGCUGCUGUAUGAAUGGGUGUGUGUAUGAGAGAGUGUAUGAGUGUGUGCAUGUGACCGUGUGUGUAAAAUCACACUAGAAUAUUUGGCAAUGGCAAUUUAAAAGCUGUAGUAUAAACAUGAGUCUUCCUUUCUGAGAAAUAUAAAGAAUUAUAUACAAUGUAUGAGGAUUUUUAUUUGAUUUCUCUUUUUGCUUUUUUUAAACUGGAAUGCAUUGUGGAUUCUGACAAUGACUUUUUUUUUUUUUACCAAUGAGAGAAAAUUUAUCUUCUCUAUUAAGCAGCUUUAGGCACCACUGUGGAAUAAUAAAUGCAAGCAACUCAAAAAUAAUCUGAAAAAGCACACGCACAUAAAAACCAAUCUCCUGAAUGCUCAUUUCAGAACUCACUGAUACUGUAACUAAGUGUUAUUUCGCUCCUGGCAACAAAAAUACAGUCUGCUGAGCCACUCUGCCCCCACAGCGGCUCACAUACAAACCAUGACAGUGUUAUGGGUCCAAAGGGAAUAGAUCAUAGAAAUGCUGCUUACUUUUUGUUUGUUUUUCCAGGAGAGUGUCAUGUGGAGACAGAUAUGGAUGGAUGCUAUUGUUUUCUAUUUCUGAUUUUAGAUGGCUGAGAUGUUAUGUAAUGUUGCUUAAAUUUCUGUGUAUAUUUAUAAUAUUUAUAAACUAAAGAUUAUCACCAUUAUGCAAUAGACUGUGACAUAAAGAUUACCUAUAUGUGUGCUGUAAAUAGUUUUGUAGAUCUAGUAUUUACAGAUACUGUGUGGUGCAUUCUCUAUCAUAACAAUGUCUUACUUCUAUCAGGAACCUGGAUAUCAUCUAUAUGCGAAAAAGGUUAAGCGACAAAAUACAUAUGUUUCAUAAGAGAUGGACAAACCUUAAUGCAAUAGCUAGCAGUACUUGAUGCUGAGAAAUGCCUGAUUGGAGGACUAAAGGAUCCCCCUUUCUCUUGUUGUAUACUACUCCUAAUCCUAGUGUAGGCUUUAAUUUCACAUUAAGUUCAUAUAUAAACCCACAACUUUAUUUCAAAUCAUGCUAUGAAAAUGUGUCUUUACUAUUGCCUCAUUUCCCAAAAACCAAAACAAAUUCUCAUCCUUUUCUUCAAUAAUUGAAAUUCAGCUCUUUUGUCGACCGUUAAACCUUUUCUUUUGUUGAUAUAUUGUGCUUGCAAAGCUGCAUUUCCAGUCCAAUUUUACCGUACGCUGUCAUAUCACAAUCACUGUAGCCGAAGAGCCUGGCGUGACAUUUUUCAAUACACAAAUUAGAGGUUAAAGACGUCAGGUAUGUGGACAUUUUCACCCUAAAGUGUAAGAAAAAAGAAAUGCUGGUUUGCAUUAAGGUUUCUGUCUCGUGUAAAUCCAUUAUGUGGGCUUAGGUACUCUGAACUGACCUGGAUUUGAGUUAGAGGAAGGUCAAGCCUGAAUAUUAUGAUUCUAUCAUUAAAGCAGACUAUUUCAAUCUAACAAUAACAAUUGAUGACUCAGCCAGCCAUUGUGGCUCACAGGCCUUUUCUCUGCAUGUACAGUAGAUUAGAAAUGGCCUUCUUGCAGUCUGUAAGGGAAAAUCUCCUAUAGAGUCAUAGUUUUCACGGCGCAGAAUAUCCCGUCAGUUUGGAGCGCUUAAGCCCUUUGAGCUGCCGUUUUAAAAAGAUAAGUCUUCGCUACAGAUUGUGUCGAUAGUGUACCAAUGCAGUCAACCCACAAAUGUCAUGAAAGCAUGCACUGUCACAAAUACUUAAAAAGAUACUAUCUCAAAAAUGUUGACGUUAAAUGUAAUGUUAGAUUCUGUUUUGUUCACUGUCUGUCUGCCUAGACGUUACCUGUGUGUGAACAGAAGCAUUGACUCUUCACAUGGACAUUUCUUAAGUAUUUGUGCCUAAACUAUAGCCAUGUUCCAUCCUUUGUUACGAGUGUGAGCUCGGUGCGUACGGGGGGACACUUCUGCACACAACUGCGCGUUCAUUCUUACUAUACUCUAUGUGUUCUAUGUCUCAGUGUUUUUAGACAGGAAAGGAGUAAGCAAUGAUGAUGGCCAAAUGUCUCACUUUAUCCAAUUGGUAUCUUUACUCACAAUGUGAACUCCUAGAGGCAGGUUUUUCUAACAUCGUCAGUCAAGCUAUAUAGAAUAUUUAAUGAGGUCGUGUACAGUUUGAAAAAAAUAAAAGUGCAAUCAUUAGACUUGCAGUCAUAUCACGCUCGAUGAGACAUUGUACAAAUUCGGAGCACCUUUAUACCUUUCUUUGUAGCUAUAGCCACUGAUGUUUGGGUUGAAUAUUGAUGUGUGGAAGGAAACUGGCCAAAGCAACAUUCUGAGUCAUUGUCUUUGUUUUAAAUUGCACUUUCUGAUUUACUAAUAAAAAGGGUGUGGAUUAUACUUAGAUGUUGAAUGAGUAUGCAAGGGAGCGAUUGACCAUAUUUGCAAAAUAGCCAUUUCAUUCUGAUGUCACUCACAGGUUGGUAGCUCAAAUGUUUAAAUGCCGUACUGUUGUGUUCCAGGUUGUAAGUCAAAGGACUUAUCAUUUCAACACUUCUUCAUUGAUCAACAACUGAAAAGACAAUGGAUGGUGGCCAUUCAAUGACAAGGUCAUAUUUCAAGUUUAGAGCUACAAUGAGAAGUUUUUAGUUGGUCACGAAACUGACUCAAAUUAAUAUGGUUGCCUCUAUAUGAGAUACAAAAGCAGAGAAUAUCAUCAGUAUUAACGUGAACAAUUUCUGUACCGUUGUUUAUAAUCCCUAUGAAUGCUGACAUGGGGUAGGCAUCAGGCUGAGGGAGCUUCUCUAAAGAGAUACCACUUUGACCAAGACAAAAUUACUCAAACACAACAUAGUUUCUUAACCAUCCACAGCCUGAGAAAAGCCAUUCAGCUAAGCGCCUGUUUAAACUGCAUUUAACCAACUAGUCUAAAGAGAAGAAAAUACUUAGAAAACAGUCAAA